CUGCUCUCUAACGCGGGAACCGUUCGUCUCUCUUGCGCACCCAUCGCGUUCUCUCUCUGGCGCACGCAUAGCAUUCAUCUCUCUAGGGCACAUCUCCUUCGGCCUACAUCAGUCUGCUUCAGUCCUUCAGCAUUCAUCUCUCUGGCGCCAGGCUACUGGUUUGUGCAAGAAUAGGGCAGAACCAAAUCUGUUAAAUACAGUACUACGCGAAAAGCUAGACAAAUCUAUACUUGGGCCGAACAAAGAUAAUAACACAAGAAAAGAUGGUAAAGCUUUUUUAUAAACUGAAGUCAGGCUUGUGCAUAAGAGAGCAGAAGAUUAAUUUAUUUUGGCAUGAGUGGUCCUUGUGAAGAUAACCAUUCUUUAUUAUGUGAGAAUAUAUAUGGUGAAGAUCAACGGUGGUUGGAGAACAUAUCAUAGAAUACUGAAUAUAUAUUGCAUUCCUUUUUAAUUUUGAACUCAUAUGUUUUGACUCUAGAUUUUUGAUAUACUCCGUACUACCCAUGGAGUAAUUACUAAUGUACGAUGGACUAGUCAAUAUCGAAUAAACAAGCGUACCACCUAGACAUAAAUAAAAUGAUACGUUCAAAACAGUAGCGAAAUGUCUAGAAAGAUGCAACUCAAGUUUGUAUCCCCAACGGUAAGAUCAAAGAUCUCACUACAAUAAAGACACUAUUUGAAGUGUAAUAUAAAAGGGGAAAGAGCGAGAAGAAAACAUCAUCCAUACUCAAAUAAGCAAAGUAAAAAAAAACAAAUCCUUACUUGAGGUACCCAAUGGCCAACAACAGAAUGAGAGCAGGAAACAUAGUGCGAGAAGAAGAUCGCCAACAGAAUCACCUCGAGAGAAAUCCCCACAAUACACCCAACGAGCGAGCUUGUCUUCCAAAUCCUAACCUAAGAGUUGUCAUUAGUAGGCCCGUUCCGCCGGCCACACUACCCCGUUUGUGGAUACCAUCGCGGUUACCCCCAGGUUUUCACGAAGAAAGUCGGUCUCCUCAGGUUCCAACUAAUACCCCUCGAAUUUCCACAUCAUCAUCCACCAACUCGAGCUACUCAACAAUGAGCACUCGAGAGGCACUCACGAAUGUGAUGGACUCGAACUGCCCUACUUUCGAUGGAAGUGGGAGUAUGAAUGGAGCGCAUAGAUGGAUGAGGAGGGUGGUUGACACCUUUCGUGACCUUGGACUCUCCGAUGAUUUGAGGAUCCAAAUAGCACCAGAAUUACUAAUGGGAGCAGCACGAGUUUGGUGGGAAGUAGAUCCAAAAUAUAUUCCCCUCACAUUCUUCCUGCAAAAGAGAAAUAAAUACCUUAGUGAAGUUGUGUCCCUUUCUUCAUUAAUGGUGUGGGACCUCAACUUUCUAUCUCCACAAAACUUCUGCAAAGGCUAGCAACCAAAACCAUGUCCAUGCUAUAACUUUCUAUCACCCUAUGCUAUGACUAAGGCAUGUCCAAUUCUUCACUUAAUGAGAGGGGGCCCUAGUUCUCUACCAUCACAAGUUUCCUACAAGGACAUCUAGGAAUGAAAUUGAGGAAAAACAAAGUUGUAAUCAUACCUUCCUUAAGGCAAACCGCGACCGAGGAGGAAGGUGCUGCGAACGACGACGAUGAGUGAAGAUGUUGGCUUUGAUGGACGAUGAAGCCAAUGACCGAAUGUUCUCUUUCCUUCGACGUAAACGAACGGCAGGGAAGAAUGUGACUCGUUUUUAAGAGAUAGAAUGAUCCUACUCUAUAUAUAAAAAGAAGAAAAUAAAAUGGUAGUAUAUCU